AUGGACAAGUUGACAGAAGAAAUCGAGAGUGUGUCGUUCGUCGCUCGCGAGGUCAUGGUAUAUCAGGUGCCACCACGCACCUCGGCGCAAGGCUACAAGGCGGCCGAGUGGGACGUGGAGAAGUUUCUGUGGAAGGGCCGACUGCGUGUAAUCCAAGUCGGGGCGCGGUGUGACAUCCGUCUCGAGGACCCGAACACGGGUGAACUGUUCGCCCAAGCGACGUACGCCUCUCCGUGGACCCAAGUCGAACCUGUUCUCGACAGUAGCCGUUACUUUGUACUACGUGUGGAGGGGGAUGGUGGUCAGCGCGCAUACAUUGGCAUAGGUUUCCUCGAGCGCAGCGAGAGUUUUGAUUUCCAAGUCGCGCUUCAGGCUGUGGCUAAGCGCUCGACGCAGCCCGACGACGAGGAUAAGCCCCAGAACCGAGCGCCGCCAAAGGACUACUCGUUGAAGGAGGGUCAGACGUUCAGUAUCAAGCUUCCUGGGCGUGACAAGCCCGCCGCACCCAAGCCCUCCGCGUCCGAGGGAGGUGGGUUGUUCUCGCUCCCGCCUCCGCCUCCGCCUGGACGCCGGCGUUAA